UCCAUCUCGCUCAGAAGUCCGGAGAAUGAAGCCGACAUCCGUCCGGUGAGUGGCGGUGCCAAGCCUCCCAUUCACGUCGACGUCUCGAACGGUGACUCGUGACGGCAAGCUCGGCUGGACCGGGUGGAGGUGGCAGCACUAUAGGCCUACCAGCUGGCAACGAACUAAAGAUGAUAGUCCGCGAGCCCGUAUAGGUUCUCAAGCGCGUGAUUGAGCGAGUUGCCAUGACAGUCGACAUCCAUGUCGAUGGAGGCCAGAAGGCGAAAGAACUGCUCAGCGUGUCCUCCGCACAGCAACUGUGGGAAAAAUGGGAGCUGCAGUGCUUGGUCCUUGCCAGCUUCACCCUGCAGGCCUUCUUCCUGUUCGCCGCCAGCAUCCGGCGGCGCAACAAGUCCGCUGUGCUCCGCAUCCUGCUCUGGCUGGCGUACCUGUCCGCUGACUACGUGGCGGUCUUCGUCCUCGGGCACCUGACCCUGAAGAUGGACGACCCGCAGCACCAGCUGGUGCUGCUGUGGGCGCCCGUGCUGCUGCUCCACUUGGGCGGCCAGGAUACCAUCACGGCCUUCUCCAUGGAGGACAACGAGCUGUGGAAGCGCCACCUCCUGGGCCUCCUCACCCAGGUGGCGAUGGCCGUGUACGUGGUGGCCAAGUCCUGGCGCAGCAGCAGCGACGGGCUCCUCGUCGCCACCGUCGCACUCAUGUUCGUCUCCGGCACCGUCAAGUACGCCGAGCGGACGUGGGCGCUCAAGACGGCAACCUCCGACGCCAUCAAAGACAGCCGCAUGAGCGACCUGUACGAAGCCAUGAGGACGAGAGAGGCUGCCGCCAGUGGCAGCUCAUCGUCGUCGUCCUCCUCGGCGGUCCGGAUCCAGAGGUACAACCAAGACAUUGUUGGCCGUCAGAAAUGGUGGCUCCAGGAGGAGUACGCCGACCUCGUGCAAGCGGCCGGUGACAGCUUCCCCAACUGCAUGAACGCGCUGAUGGACAUCCCCGUCGCGCCAUGGUUGCUGCCCCAGAUAUGGGGCAUGAUCCGAGAGAUCCAGCGCCUCCGUGGACCCGCGACGCAAGCAGCAGGUGCAGGCGGCAGCAGGGAGGAGGUUGACGCGUUCCCGUCCAGGGCGUACAAGCUGGGCGAGAUCCAACUCUCGCUCAUGUACGACCACCUCUACACCAAGGUCGGCCUCCGGUACGCCCAGCGUUGGCCGGUCGUCGGCCUCGGCCUACCGCUCCUCACGCUCGCCACCACCUCGUCGGCUCUCGCGCUAUUCGCGGCGGCGGCGACGAGGAAGAAGGAUGGCGGCGCGUCGUACAGCGCCGUCGACGUCGCCGUCUCCUACGUCCUGCUGGGCGGCGCCGUGGCGCUGGAGGUGCUGUCCAUACUGACCGUGACGCUGUCCUUCCGCUCCUACUGCUUCCUGCGGGACAAGCUUGGCGCCGGCGGCAGGCUCACGCCGGCGGUCUUCUGGCUGGUCAGGUCCCUGAGACCCUACGACAAGCCGCUGUGGUCGAACAAGUGGGCGCAGUACAACCUGCUCGCCGGAUGCAUCAGGGAGAAGCAAGCCGGCGUGUUCAAGAGGGCGAUGCGUCGCGUCGGCCUGGCCGGGGACACCGAGCUCCGCCGCAUCUCCGACGAGACCAAGGCGCUCAUCUGCAACGAGCUGGACGACCAGAAGCGGCUGUCGAAGUUCAGCCACGCCCGGGGGACGGAGAUCCUGUUGCUGAGCGGCCACGGCGAGGGCUCGCCGCUGCACAAGAGCAUCGCCAAGGUGGACUUCUCCACAAGCGUCGUCAUGUGGCACCUUGUCACCGACAUGUGCUUCUUCUUUGGUGGCAAGCCGCCGGGCAUGGACGACGGCGGCGGCCGACACGCGGCUCUGGCCCGGGAGGUCUCCAGCUACCUCAUGGACCUCGUCAUGGAACGACGCGUGCUGAUCAGCAGCGAGGGACACGUCGCGCACCGCAAGGCCCGCGACGAGGUGAAGCAGAUCCUGGCGCGGCACGAGGGGGCAAAGGUACUCGACGCGGGCGACGCCGACGCCAUGAGGAAGUUGCUGGAGGCCGGCGUGCCAAUGAUCUCGGACCCCGCCGAGCGGGGCGCGGCGCCGGAGGGGGUGGACAUGGUGUUCGCGAGCAACUCGUACGAGACCAUGCGGCCGGUGCUGCCCCGCGCGUGGAGGCUCGCGCAGCUUCUGCUACAGAAAGGCCGAGGCGCGGCGGAGACAGGAGGCGGCGCUCCACCGUGGGAGAUAAUCGCGUCGGUCUGGGUGGAGAUGCUCUUCCACCUCGCCACGAGGUGUGAGGCCGGCUUCCACGCCAAGAAUCUCAGUACCGGCGGCGAGUUCAUCACACAUGUCAGGUUCCUGCUCCUCAAUCGGGGGAUCGGCUGGAACUUCAUCCUUGGGCGAGCUUGACGACCUUGCUGCGGCCUGCCUUCAUGCGCGCAGCUGAUAACCAAGAAUCUACUCCAUCCGUUCCAAAUUAUAAGUCAUUCAAACUUUCUUAAUUAUAAAAUCAAAGUAUCUUAAUUUGACUAAGUUUUUAUAAUAAAGUACCAAUAUUUAUGAUACCAACUAAA